AUGCGCCUUCACCUCGUUAUUUCCCGGCACGGGCUGCCGGUUACGCGCAUCCUCUGGACAACCAAGGCCGUCUCCGCGCCAGUCUAUGCCUCGCGCGGCGCGCCCGCUUCGGCCAUCGCGUCGUCUCGGACGCCCAACGCUGCCUUCUCCAAUGGUGGAUAUACGGUUGCUCAGCUGUUGGAGGAUGUGAAUGAGGUUGUGCCGCUAGAGACGGAGCCCAGCAUGUUUGACCCGGAGUUUAGUGGGCAGUGGGGUUUGGAAGAUUAUGUGGUGGAAGUGGAUGGGUCGGAGUGUCUUCAUUUCAUGGAGAUUGAGGGGUUGUUGAGGGAUGGUGACGAAGUUGUGAUUCGCUCUCUUGAGCUUGCAGACCUCCGGGCUCGACGUCUUUGCGGCCGACACCAGAUCACCCCCGAAGGCAAACAUCUCAUCGACGGCGUACCCUUCGGUUCACCAUUCUACAAGCGGAACACCAAUACCCGGCCUGCGAUUACGAUUCCCCCGCGCAAGAAACGGCGGACUGUGUUUUCGGGCUGGGAGCAUGGCGCGGGUUUUGUGCAUGAAGACCCGAACGCGGAUGAAGAAGGCGAUGGCGAGUGGCUGCCGCCGACUACUGGGUUCGGCAAAGAACUCUCGAUCCUACCGGCCGACCAGGAGGUUUCGGAUAUGGGGACUGUGAUCAGACACCCGAUUGAUCACUCUGCAGACGAGGAAAGCGAGGACGAUAUCUCUGAGCCUGAAGAAGCGGAGCUCGAGAGUGAGCUGAAGGCUUUAAAGGAGGACUUUGAAGAGCCUGCGUCGCAGUUUAUCGAUAUCAGGAGUCAGACACAGACUGCUCCAGCCCUGCGAUCUAGUCUUGCAGAUAAACGGCCUUCGUCUUCGGGGAGCCUGCGUCGAGGCUCGGUAUUGGGAACUUCGUCUCUGUCUAGCAAACGCUCUCGAGCGGAUGAGGAUUCCCCGCGGACUUCUAAGGCUGUCAGAUUCAACAAGGGCGAUAAUAAGCCCCGGCCUGUUCAGCCGGAGAUUGCAGAGCAAACCUCAGAGUCGGAAGCUGAAUCUACGUCUUCGUCCAGCGACUCGAGCGACUCAAGUGACUCGGAUUCGGAUUCUGACGAAGAAAUGUCAGAACCCUCAAGCUCUGACUCCGACUCUGACUCCAGUUCCGAUUCCAACUCAGAAUCGAGCUCCGACUCCGACUCAGAGGACGAAGCAAACAAAGUCACCCUGCGAAAGCCGCACAUCAUUGCUCCACCUGGAGCAGGCUCUCUCCGAACGAAAAAGAGCAACCAGCGCUGCAAAAUGCGCCGUCGUCUCUCCAGACUGAAGGAGCUGGGCAAAUUGCCCCCGCAGGCCGACUUUGCCGCUUUGCGAGAGUUUAUAGAAGUCAACGGCGAGCAGUUCUUUGAUGAGUCUAGUGUUAACUCUACGACCAUGUCGAAAGAGGAUAAGCAAAAGCAAGAGCAGGCCGAGUUUGAAGCCAGACGUGCAAAGCUACUUCGUGAUCUUGCCUCUGGUGGUGUUUACGUCGAGCAAACAUCCGAGAAGGAAAAUGUUCCUCCACCUCCGCCUCCAGCAGAAGCACCGGAAGAACCGAUCCCUGACGCCGACACCAGCGAUGCACCCGAGCAAGAACCCACCAACAGACGCCAUCUAGACGUUGCUAGCAGCCGUCGCCUUCUAUUCGGGUCUUUGGGCAUGCGUACGCCCAAGACCAAGGAAGAUGACGAAGCGACACGGCAGAAGUUGGCCGCUCAGGCGAGCGCAGUCUCUCCUCGGCGGAAAAUUUCACAGCGUCAGGAAGAACCUGAGGAGAAUGCUGAUGCAGAGGAAGAUGAAGAUAUCGACUGGAAGUCCAAGCUUGAUGUCAAGGCUGUCGAAUGUGUGCUCACCGACAUUCAACUUACGGCCCCUCCGUUCCCGUUUGUGAAUCGUUGGGAUGAAGAGGCCGAUACGACUAUUCGUCAGCGUCUUGGUUGGAAUAAGAGGAGCAAGAAGCGGAAGCGCAAGCAGCAAGCUCAGGAGUAUGAAGAGUAUGGUGAGGGCUAUGGCGAGGAGGGCUAUGGCGAUGACAGCUACUAUGGCUAUGAGGGAUACAAUGACUACAACGAGGGGUAUAAUGGCAAUGAGGGCUACAAUGACUAUGACGAAAGUUAUAUGGAGCUGACCUACGAUGAUGCUCCUGCCGAGGAUGAGCAGCACGCCAAUGCUGGUCCUGCCGAGGAUAACAUCCCCGAGCUCCCCGAGCUCCCCAACGACCUCUCCUCUCUCGCCGAUCUUACGGAAUCCGAGGCCAAGCCCGGAGCAAUCAUCACCUUCCGCCAAUUCGAGGUGUCCAAAGAGACCAAGUGGCGUCCGGGAAUGUCCAAGCAACGAACCGCAGAAGUCUUCGAGGUCCUCGGGGACGGCCAAAUCACUAUUCGACUGGCAAAUCGUGACCGGCGCCAGCUAGAGCUCGAUGAAAACGAAGAACAAGUAUUUUCUGGAUUCAUGGUGCCCGGCAUCGACGAUGUGGAGGACGACGGCUUCCGCGACGUCAGCUUGAAUUCUCUUACUGAACCGAAGCUUCUCCGUGCUGCGCCAAUGGAGGUUGAGGAUCCAGACAAGGCAAAAGACAAUGAAGGUAGCAUUGUCUCUGUAGUCGAGGAUUCCAUGCCCAGCGCCCAGGCCCAGCUGGCACCGCUUGUUGACAUGGACAUUGACGAAACCACUUUUGUCACUGGUAGAACACGCCAAUCGCCCGAUCGAUCCCCGUCCCGAGUCUCCGAUGCGCCUUCCUAUCAGACCCCCGGCGGCGUCCGUCUCCCACAAACUGACGAGGCGGCCUCUCCCAACUUCUCUGGCUUCCACUCUGUAGCCUCAUCACCGCACACCAGACUCUUUACCGGUGAAGAGAGUAAUCUCGAAGGCCACACCCUCAUCGACGAGCAACAAUCAAUGCUUGGACACACCCUAAUCGGCGAGCCAUCGCUCCUCGAAACUUCGGCUAGUGCAAACGAAGGCACAGGCCAAUCAUUCCAAUCCGCGAACCAAUCCACCACCUCCAACCCCCCAAACCGACAAAUCGUCGAACCUCUCCCCGACCCCUCAAACGAAGACUCGUUGCUAUCAAUCGUCCACGCACCAGAAGGCCCCACAAGCGCGGAGACGGGCACAAACGCUGACCUGCCGGACCUUACCUUCCAAACAACCAACGACAACAACAGUGCUCUGCACAGCGGGGAAAGUCUGCAUCUCUCCCCGCAACCUUCUCAGCUGAGCUCACGCUCACGCUCGCGCAAGCCGAAAAGCGCACAAGAGCCUUCGCCCGACCAAACCACUCCAACCUCCGUCCCGGCUGCUUCGACCCGCUCUAAGAAAUCUAAAUCUUCGCAGCGGGUUGAAGAGACCCAGUCGCAGUCUCAGAGUGAUUUCAUUGAUCUCACGCAGACUUCUUCGCCUGCUGCUUCGGGGCAGGCUGAGUCGGGGCAGAUUGAUCCACUCGCGAGUGGUGCCGAUGAUGCUCCUCCGAAGAAGACGAAACGCGCCCGCCCGUCAGAAGUUAAGGAGCAGCGCAUGACGGAGGUUAGCGUGAGCCCGAAGGUUGGGAAAGGGAAGAGGCGGGCGUCGAGGAAGAAUACAUGA